AUGCCUUCUCAAUCCACAAUACAGAGCGAACAGCGCGCCCUUCCCAUAUAUCCCAUUAAGAAACAGUUAAUUGAUUCUAUCCUACACUCUCCACAGCGCGUUGUGGUUGUUGUGGGUUCAACGGGCAGUGGAAAGAGCACUCAGCUUCCCCAAUACCUUAUUGACGCUAAUGCAUCAAUCAAAAGAAUAACAGUAACACAGCCCCGUCGGGUUGCGGCUAUAUCACUUGCACUGCGUGUAGCACAAGAGAGAGGCGCGUCUCUGGGUCAGGAGGUUGGAUACAGCGUUCGAUUUGACGCAAAAGUUUCCAAGUCAACCAGAAUACGGUAUGCAACAGAUGGUGUAGUCAUUAGAGAAGCGCUACUUGAUCCACUCUUUCACUCUGACAGUAUUGUCAUAGUAGAUGAAGCUCAUGAACGAAGCGUGAGCACCGACCUUCUGUUUGGAUUUCUUAAGACAGCGCUCGAUAAAAACCCGAAGUUGCGAGUGGUGGUCAUGUCUGCCACUAUCGCUGCGGCCAGCUUUGUUCGUUACUUUGGAGCACACGCAGCAAAUGCCAUCCUAUCCAUCAAAGGAAGACAGUAUCCUAUUAAGCACUACUUCACUCUAGAAGCUGUUAAGAGCUAUCAGGAAGCGUGUGUCUCAGCUGUGCUUCAGAUCUGUAAGGACUGCAAAAGCGGAGACAUCUUAGUUUUCAUGCCAGGUGAGCUAGAGAUCAGAAAUGUUGUUGCUGCAAUCAGGAAUCACUGUGCUAAGUUUGGUGUAUUGUAUGAGCCUGAAGGUGCUGAUGAUAACAGGCCAAAUUGUAUUGACGAUAAUGAGAGCCUUGAAGAUGAUGACCGGUUGUCUUUAGGACCUCUAUUUUCCAACAGAGACGCCAUAAAGCCUGCAGGUGGGUUCACUGUUCAACUUCCUGGUGAGGCAUCACUAAUAGAAGUUUUGCCUUUCUAUGCCAAUCUCCCAACCACAGAGCAGAUGAGGGUUUUCUCAUCAGCAGCCGAGAAUGUGCGGCGAGUAAUUGUCGCCACAAAUAUAGCAGAAACCAGUAUUACCGUGCCUAAUAUCCGCUAUGUCGUGGAUUGCGGGUUUGUGCGAAAAAAGCAGUUUCAUCAUACAACGGGCACAUCGGAGCUAAUAACCCUUCCCUGCUCACAGGCGUCGAUACUUCAGCGGUCGGGUAGGGCGGGCCGUUUAAUGGAGGGAGAAUGCUACCACAUUUACACCCAUGAAACAUAUGCAAAUUUAGAGCCUCAAGAUGUGCCCGAGAUUAUGCUGACAGAUCUCAUGCCUGUGUUCUUAACCAUUAUUGCGUUUGGCAUAACAAAUCCUGUGACAUAUGAAUUUAUUACUGACCCUCCGCGCCAAGCGAAAAAGGCAGCCAUAGUUAAGCUUUCUCGCAUGGGGUGCAUCCAGAUAAAGAAGACAGAAGAUGGUGUUGACAAUCAGUCGCAGAUGGAGCCUCAGCUCAUCCUAUCGCCUUUGGGGAGGGAGGUUGUCCGGUUCCCUACCGAUCCAGAGCUGGCAAUAUCGAUUUUGACUGCACACAAGUUCGGGAAGAAGAUAGUAAAGGAUGUGGUAGGAGUUGUAGCUCUCUUGUCGUGUGACGGGGUCUUUGUAUCAUCUGUGGACAUAGAGACACGGGACCAGAGCGCACUGGCCAGAACCCAAUUUUAUUCUCUGAAGGGUGACCACAUCACUUUACUGAAUAUCUGGAAGGCAUACUGUGAAGAGUCUGAGAACAAGCGUGCAUGGUGCACCAAGUACUACCUUUCAUAUAAAAGCUUAGAAUAUGCAAAGAAUGUAUAUCGGCAGCUCAUUGACAUCUAUAACUCAUACUGUAAGGCUUCCCGAAAGGGGGCGGGAGCCGAGACUGAGAGUCCUCCUUGUGGUCUAUAUACAGAGAUGGACGACGAGGAUAAGGUGAUCUUUUGUAUAUUAAAGGGAUAUAUCUCUAACGUUGCAAAGCUAAGUAAUGAUCACAGAACGUACGAGGGGUCAUCAGGAGAGUGUAGAAUCCACCCUGCUUCAUGCCUCAAACAGAACCCUAACUUUGUUCUCUAUAAUGAAAUAGUGAUAACUUCGUUUGCAUAUAUGCGCACAGUCUCGGAGAUAAACCCUGCUUGGAUAGAGAUGACGGUAUAA